AUGCGCAGCAACCACUUCCAACUGUUUUCCAUCAACAGUGUCUGGAAAAGCAUGCCUAGAUUUUAUAAGUGUCGUGGCUGCACAAAAUCUUUUUCUACUAUGUCUGCCCUUCGUUAUCAUCAGAGAUCUCACACUAGGGAAAGACCUUAUGAGUGCAGUGAAUGUGGGAAAUCUUUUACCACUGGUUCUUCCCUCCAUUGUCACCAGAGAGUUCACACUGCAGAAAGGCCCUAUGAGUGCAGUGAAUGUGGCAAGUCCUUUGUCCGAAGAAAUAUCCUAAAAGUACACAUAAAGAUUCACUCAGGAGAAAGGCCUUACAAAUGUAACGAAUGUGGGAAAUCUUUUAAGUGGAAGUCAACAUUGAUUAAACACCAGAGAAUUCACACAGGAGAAAGGCCUUAUGAGUGCAGUGAAUGUGGGAAAUCUUUUAGCACUAAGUCUGUCCUCCGUGAUCACCAAAGAGUUCACACUGGAGAAAGGCCUUAUGAGUGCAAUGACUGUAAGAAAUCUUUUACCACCAAAUCAGCCCUCCAUUAUCACCAAAGAGUUCACACCGGAGAGCAGCCUUAUGAGUGCAGUGAAUGUGGCAAGUCCUUUGUCCAAAGAAGUAGCCUCAAUAUACACAUAAAGGUUCACUCAGGUGAAAAGCCUUAUAAGUGCAAUGAAUGUGGGAAAUCUUUGAAGUGUAAGUCAACAUUGAUUAAACACCAGAGAAUUCACACAGGAGAAAGGCCUUAUGAGUGCAGUGAAUGUGGAAAAUCUUUUGCUACUAGUUCUGUCCUUCAUUCUCACCAGAGAGUUCACACUGGAGAAAGGCCUUAUGAAUGCAGUGAAUGUGGGAAAUCUUUUACUGGUAUUUCAGGACUCCACUAUCACCAGAGAGUUCACACUGGAGAGAAACCUUAUGAAUGCAGUGAAUGUGGCAAGUCCUUCGUCCAAAGAAGUAGCCUCAAUGUACACAAAAAGGUCCACUCAGGUGAAAAGCCUUACAAGUGUAAUGAAUGUGGGAAAUCAUUGAAAUGUAAGUCAACAUUCGUUGAACACCAGAGAAUUCACACAGGAGACCGGCCUCACGAGUGCCGUGAUUGUGGGAAAUCUUUUACGUCUAGAUCUACCCUUCGUUCUCACCAGAGAGUUCACACUGGAGAACGGCCUUAUGAAUGCAGUGACUGUGGGAAGUCUUUUACCACUACUUCUCACCUUCGUUCUCACAAGAGAGUUCACAAUAGUGAAAGGCCUUAUGAAUGCAGUGAAUGUGGCAAGUCCUUUUGCCGAAGGAAUAGUCUCAAUGUACACGUCAAGAUUCACUCAGGUGAAAGGCCUUACAAAUGUAAUGUAUGUGGGAAAUCUUUGAACUAUAAUUCUUACCUCCGUGAUCACCAGAGAGUUCACACUGGAGAAAGGCCUUAUAAAUGCAGUCACUGUGGGAAAACUUUCACUUCUCGUUCCCUCCUCCGUUCUCACCAGAGAUUUCACACUGGAAAAAGGCCUUAUGAAUGCAGAGAAUGUGGCAAGUCCUUCUUCCAAAGAGGUGCCCUGAAUGUACACAUCAAGGUUCACUCAGGUGAAAAGCCUUAUAAGUGUAAUGAAUGUGGGAAAUUGUUGAAGGUGGAGGACCCCCUCCCGGAGACCGCCAGAGCUCUGGGAGCCACACCGCCCGGAAGAGCCCCGCUCCGAGCGCAGAGCGAGGAGCCAAUGAGGGAACAGCACACGGCGUUUCGAGGCGAGCGCACCCUCCGGGGGCGGGACUUCCGGUCUCGUCCCCCAGUAAGCCUUUCAGCCUCAGGUUGGCUCCGUUUAUCCCGUGAGGUUCCGGAGCGCGGGUCGGGGUCCGGGUGA